GCCCCGCCCCCGGAACUCGAGGCGCGCCGGUGUUUCCGGGCGGGCUGCAGGCGGCGUGCGUGUCCGGCGGCGGCGGAGCUUCGGGGACCCCCGUCUCCCGCCGCCCCCCCGCGGCGCUUGGGUGCCCCCAAACGCGGCGUCCCCGUGCGGGGAGCCUGUGCGGGGCGGGAGCGGGCCGGGCCGGGCCGGGCGGCUCGCGGUCACGGUGCCUCCGGGCAGCUGCGCAGCGGGACCUCGCCGGGAGCGCGAUGGAGGAGCAGGAGAAGAAGCAGCACCGCGCCAAGCACAGCGGGCCCAAGGCGGAGAGGAAGCGGCGGCGGCGCCUCGGCGCGCUGGGGGCCGGGCAGGAGGAGGAGGAUGCUCGGAAGAGGAACCCCAAGGCCUUCGCCGUGCAGUCCGCCGUGCGCAUGGCCAGGACCUUCCGCAGAACCCAGGAUUUGAAGACUAAGAAGCAUCACAUUCCCGUCGUUGACCGCACUCCCUUGGAGCCACCUCCCGUGGUGGUGGUUGUGGUUGGCCCUCCGAAGGUUGGGAAGAGCACGUUGGUCAGAUGUCUCAUUAGGAACUUCACGAGGCAAAAACUGGUUGAAAUCCGGGGUCCUGUGACGAUUGUUUCAGGUAAAAAACGCAGGCUAACUAUUAUUGAAUGUGGAUGUGACAUUAACACAAUGAUUGACCUGGCUAAAGUGGCCGAUUUGGUUUUAAUGCUCAUUGAUGCCAGCUUUGGAUUUGAGAUGGAAACAUUUGAAUUCUUGAACAUUUGUCAAGUGCACGGCUUUCCCAAAAUCAUGGGAGUUCUUACCCACCUUGAUACAUUCAAGAACAACAAGCAAUUAAAGAAGACGAAAAAGAAGUUAAAGCACAGGUUCUGGACUGAAGUAUAUCCGGGUGCUAAGCUGUUUUAUCUGUCUGGGAUGGUUCAUGGAGAAUAUCAAAAGCAGGAAAUUCACAAUUUAGGGCGUUUUAUCUCAGUUAUGAAAUUCCGACCUCUUACAUGGCAGACGUCUCACCCCUAUGUUCUUGCAGACAGAAUGGAAGAUUUGACAAACCCAGAAGAUGUCCGAAUUAAUCCUAAAUGUGACAGGAAAAUAUCACUUUAUGGCUACUUGAGAGGAGCACACCUGAAAACCAAAAGCCAAAUUCACGUGCCAGGUGUAGGUGACUUUACUGUAGGUGAUGUGAGUUUCCUGCCAGAUCCCUGUGCCCUGCCUGAACAGCAGAAGAAGCGUUCUUUAAAUGAGAAAGAGAAACUAGUCUAUGCCCCUCUCUCAGGAGUUGGGGGUAUUGUAUAUGAUAAAGAUGCUGUUUAUAUUGACCUUGGUGGAAGUCAUGCUCAUGAGAAUGAAGAGGAGGAAGUGAGACCAAAUCAUGAACUAGUUCAGAGUCUCAUCUCCAGUCAUUCAACCAUUGAUGCUAAGAUGGCUUCAAGUAAGGUGUCUCUCUUCAUGGACUCCAGACCAUUAGAUUCAGAAGAUGUAGAAGGACAAGAGUUUGUGAUGCCAAAAGAAGAGAGAGAAAUUGAUUUGAAGACUGGAAGAGUACGUCGGAAGGCGGUAUUUGAAGAAGAAAAAGAAAAUGAUGAUGCAGUAAGUGAUGAAGAAGAUGACCAAGAAGAAGAAAUGUCUGAGGAUGGAAGUGAUGGUGAUGAUGAAGAUGAUGCUGAAGAAGAAAGUGACAGGGAGCUGUUAGGGGAGGAAGUGGCUGUUGGGAGUGCCAAACGCCUGAAAAAAGAGGUGACUAAAGAAGAAGCUGUGAAUGAACUGCCAGCAUUUGCAGAUAGUGAUGAUGAUCUUGAGAUGAGUUCUGAAGGAGAAGGAAAAACUACCCCUGAAGAAAAUGAGAUGGAGGAAGAAGAUGAUGAUGAACAAGGAUCAUAUGAAAAUGAAAGCUCAGAUAGUGAUUCUGAAGCUGCAAGGAGAGGAGUAGCUAAAUCUGAGCAAGAUGAAAUAAGUAGAGAACAUAAAGAAAUGAAAUCAGAAACCUCAUGUCACAGUCUGAAAAAGAAAGCCGUUCUCACUACGGAUUCUGGAAACUGCACAGCAGAAGAGGCAUCAGAGUCUGAGGUUGAAAAUUCUUCCAUGGAUGAGGGAGAUGAUGAAGAAGGAUCACAUGAGGAAUCAGAAUUUGAAGUGUUAGACAGGAAAGGAUUUCAGCGCACUCAAGAGAAGAAAAUUGGUAGCGUCAAACAAACUGAACUUGAAGCUGUAGAAGAUGAGGAGGAGGAUGAUGUCGAGAAUCUGCUGAAGGAGGAGGAGGAAUAUGAAGAGACUAUAGAUUUUUCUGCUGACACUGCAGGUGCACUUAAGUGGAAAGAGGACCUCACACAGAAGGCAGCUCAGGUCUUCUUAAGACAGCAGUCAACGCCCAAUCUCCGUAAACUCGUUUAUGGAGCAGUUGCUGAGGAUGAGGACCGAGAAAGUGAGAAUGAAGCUGAUGAACUUGGAGGUUUGUUUCAUGUGAGUCGUCCAGACAAGGAAUCCAAACAGAAGGCCAAUGCUCUUGACUGCUCCAAAUUCCUGAUAGAAAAGCCUCAGGACUGGGAUUUAGAAGAGGUUAUGAGCAGUAUUCGAGACUGCUUUGUUACGGGAAAGUGGGAAGAAGAUAAAGAUGCCGCAAAAUUGUUGGAGGAAGAUGAAGAACUGUAUGGUGAUUUUGAAGAUCUUGAAACAGGAGUUGUGCACAAAGGAAAGUCUGCUGCUGAAGGAGAUGAGUCUGGAAGUGAACAAGAGGAGAAAGAAGGAAAAAAGUCCAAACCAGAAGCCGAGGAGGAGGAAAAGAAAAAGGAACGCAUGGACAAGAAACGGAAAUUGAAAGAAAUGUUUGAUGCGGAAUAUGAUGAAGGGGAUGCCACAUACUUUGAUGAUCUUAAAGAAGAAAUGCAUAAACAAGCCCAGCUUAAUCGAGCUGAAUUUGAAGAUCAAGACGAUGAGACCAGGGUACAGUAUGAGGGCUUCCGGCCUGGGAUGUAUGUUCGAAUAGAGAUUGAGAAUGUCCCAUGUGAAUUUGUCCUGAAUUUUGACCCUCAUUAUCCUAUUAUCCUGGGUGGCUUAGGCAACAGUGAAGGAAAUGUUGGAUAUGUACAGUUGCGCCUGAAGAAGCACCGAUGGUAUAAGAAAAUACUUAAGACACGUGAUCCUUUAAUCCUCUCAUUAGGGUGGAGGCGAUUUCAGACUAUCCCUAUGUUCUACAUUGAAGAUCACAAUGGGCGUCACAGGCUUCUGAAGUACACACCACAGCAUAUGCAUUGUGGAGCAACUUUUUGGGGCCCCAUCACUCCUCAGGGCACAGGAUUUUUGGCAGUUCAGUCUGUCAGUGGCACAACGCCUGACUUCCGGAUAGCUGCCACAGGAGUUGUGCUCGAUUUAGAUAAAUCCAUAACUAUAGUAAAGAAAUUAAAGUUGACUGGUUUUCCAUUCAAAAUUUUUAAGAACACUUCUUUUAUUAAGGGAAUGUUUAACUCGCAGUUGGAAGUAGCUAAAUUUGAAGGUGCAGCAAUUCGUACUGUAAGUGGUAUCCGAGGACAGAUCAAAAAGGCCCUCCGAGCUCCAGCAGGUGCUUUUAGAGCAACAUUUGAAGACAAGUUGCUGAUGAGUGAUAUUGUCUUUGUGAGGACUUGGUAUCCUGUUUCUAUCCCAGCAUUUUAUAACCCAGUAACAUCCUUGCUGAAGCCAGCAGGUGAGAAAGAUAGUUGGAGAGGAAUGAAGACAACAGGCCAGCUGAGGCAAGAACGAGGCAUCAAACUGAAACAAAACAAAGAUUCCCUCUAUAAGCCUAUAGUGAGGGAGAAAAGGCAUUUCAAUAAGCUCCACAUUCCCAAAGCGCUGCAGAAGGCACUGCCUUUUAAGAACAAGCCUAAGAAUCUUGAGAAGAAAGGCAAGACUCCAAGAGACCAGUGGAGACCAGCUGUUAUCAGGGAGCCUCAUGAAAGGAAGAUAUCUGCCUUACUCAGUGCUUUGAGUACCGUGAAUAAUUACAAGAUAAAGAAAGCCAAAGUAAAACACCGGCAGCAGCUUAAAGAAUACCUCAAAGUUAAGCAGAAGGAGGAGGAACAGAAAUUAAAGAGGCAAAAGGAGGCUAAGAAAAAAAUCUAUCGAAUGUUGGGACAAAGAGAGAAAAAGAGGCAGAAGUCAAGCUUGAAAGGAUCUAGUGAGGGAGAGAAGAAUAUGUAAACUUUCAUCAGAUUUCAGGCCAAAUCAAAAAAUAGGGUAGCUAUGCAAUUUUCUGUUGAAGAAACAAAAAGGCCUUGGACUGUACUAAAAUUGCUUUUUUUUAAGAGGAAAAAAGGGCAAAUAUAACCUUAUUCAAACUCUUGAAUACUUUUGGAAAUGUAUAUAAAUAAGAUGUAGAAGUAUGGAUUUGUGGGUUUUUUAAACGGUAUUCCAGAGGACUUUAUUUCAGUAUAUUUCUAUCCAUACUGCACACCCUGUCCAGCUAAUAAAGUAUUUUAAUGUCAAUGACUGAA